UCGGAGGAGAACAUAAACGCCUUUUUAAAAGUAGAUCAAAGCCUGUCAGGCCUGGUGCGUGAUCUGUCCGGCAAUGAUCCGACUCUUCAAUUAUACGCAGCUAACUGCUGUUGUAAUAUUGCUCUGGGAAAUACAAAAGCAUGCACGGCAUUGGGAAAAGCAGUUGUUCCAUAUCUGGUUGUUAAGCUAGAAAGUUUAAAUUAUGCACUGCUGGAUGUUUGCAUUUGGACAAUCGGUAAUUUAGUUGCAGGAAGCGAUAAGGCUUUCUUUAUCUUGCACGCGCAACACUGUUUGAAGUACCUAAUUUUACUGUUACGCAAUUGUGACGACUCAAUCCUUCCUUCCGUGAUAUAUGCGCUCUUACAUUACGUACACGCGGGA